AUGGCAUCCGCCGCUGCCAGAUCAAUAUUCCGGUCAUGCUCCGCCGGCCGGUCGGUGUUUCGCGUCGCAUCGGAAGCAAAAACGUUUCGUUCUCCGUUUCGCAUCACAUCCAAUAGACCAGUGUCGCAAUCCACACUCAGGUUACCAGUGGAGUUGAGUUCGUGUGUGGAAUCGAUGAUGCCGUACCACACGGCUACUGCUUCUGCGCUCAUGAAUUCCAUGCUUUCAAUUUCAAGCCGCACGUGCGCUUGGAUUCCCGAAGAUUGCAAUGAUGAUUGCGCUUAUGUUAAUUUCAUCGGACAGCAGAGUCGAAUAUCUGCUAAUUUCAUAUUUUGUUUCCAAAAGCAAAGAUCACACUGGAGGCAAGGAGAAAAUCAAGCUAAUAUUGCCCCUCGGCCAACGUCCAAAUACAAGUCAGAGCCUCAGGUAAUUGUGGAAAAGGAUCGACUCCAGUUGGACCUCAAAAGCCGAAUAUCAUUCUUCCACAUUUACUUGGUCAUGAAGAAAUAUGUCAAUCUUGCAGGUUCGGUAACCUUGAAUGCGCUCCCAAUUAUCGAUCCAGCUUCAUUGAUCCCUUGA